AGAGUUGGCAGUCCGCGCGCUGCCGUGGUGCAGUGUGUGUGUGUGCGCGCUGCCUCUCGCGCUGUUUGGCUGUGGUCGGCCCAGCAGAGUUUGGCGUCUGGAGAGCGAGACAAACGCAGACAGGUAGCUUCGCUCGGGCAUGAAAGAUGGAGCAGUCGGCGGCGGGAGAUCGUAUUUUCGCCGCGGAAGCCAUACUGAAACGCCGCGUCCGUAAGGCAAGAAUUGAAUACCUGGUGAAAUGGAAAGGAUGGGCAAUGAAACACAGCACUUGGGAGCCUGAGGAGAACAUUCUGGAUGACAGGCUCAUACUGGGCUUUGAGCAAAAGGAACGAGACAGAGAGCUGCAUGGGCCGAAGAAACGGGGACCAAAACCCAAAAAUCUUGUCUUUAAGGCCCGUGGUCAGAAAGGUGAGGCCAGCAGCAAAACGUCCAACAACCGCCAAAACACACCUCGCUCCUCUUCCUCCACAUCCACAUCAGGCAGAGCAGCUGCCUCCGCUCCGUUACCGCCUUCGUCAUCCUCAUCUGCGGCCCCCUCUCCUAAACUCAACUCUCUAGCGGCCACUCACAAGCUGAAGAAAGACAUUCACCGUUGCCAUCGAAUGUCCAGGCGCCCCCUACCUCGCUCUGAUCCCAUGGCACCAACGUUCACUACCCCUGGUGGCUUUCCCUCUCGCAUGCAUGUCUCCCCCUUCUCCGAAACUGUCCGUAUCCUUAACCGCAGAGUCAAACCCCGGGAGGUGAAAAGAGGUCGGAUCAUCCUUAACCUGAAAGUUAUUGACAAGUCAAGUCGUGGUGGCACAGCCUCAAGCAAUAGGAAUAUUACAGCAGGACGUCAAAACAUCCCUUCUCGCAAUCGUAUCAUUGGGAAAAAAGGAGAGGUUCCUUACAGACCCUUCCAGCCCCCUCUGAAGAUGCUGGGGUUUCCGAUGUAUGGAAAGCCAUUUGGGCUGCAGUGCAGAGGCCCUGUGCCUUUCAAUUCGCACCCAGGAUCCUGCUCCAGCACAGGAACCAGGGACAGCCACACCACUCCUUCUCAGUACCAGUCACCUCCCUCCCCUUCUAGUUCCAGUGGCUCUGAAGGAAAAUCUACCAGCACCUCAGCUGCACUGUCCCAGACCACCACUGGACCCUCACCUAAUGAGGCUCCUAAGUCCAGUAAACUCCACACAGAGAGCCAGAAGGGUCAGAGUGCCAAGCCGUCUACUCCUUCCCCUUCCAAGGAUACCAGUCCUACAGGAGUAGCAUCACCGUUCCUCCCCGCCUCACCCUCGUCUUCCUUAGAAGAUGAAGAAGAGAAACAUUUGGUGCCCACAGAGGGAGGCAGGAAAAAUCUUCCUCAACGCAGGGCUAAGCCCCAGCAGCCUGCCGCACUUCCCCCUGCCACCCCUGGAGACAGCAGCUCAGCAACCACUGAAGUCCUAAGGGUGCCAGCUGAGGGAGACCCAGACUGGCACCCCGAAAUGUCUCCAAGCUGCAAGGAUGUGGUCGUCACUGAUGUCACCACCAACCUUGUAACCGUCACCAUAAAAGAGUUCCCCUCCCCUGCCUCUCCCUCCGGUAGCCCAGAAAAUGCUUCCUCCCCUGCCCCUGCCACCACGUCUGACGACACCUCCCCAGCCAAGCCAUAGAAAUCAGAUCUUAUAAAGUUGAUUGCCAUUGAUUAAAAAAUGCUAGUGCUCUCACUUUAGCCCUCUCCCACCUUCUCCUUGAAGGUGUGUCCAUCUUUAGCAGUUAAUAUGUUCUAAGUUGACACCACCCACCGUCAACUACGUAAAAAAGCAUAUUUUUUUAAAAGAAGUAUAUAAAUUCUAAAAGGAGCAGCUAAUACGCCCUUCUUGUCACUUAAAAUUGCCAUAUUUUGUCCACUUGCACAGCACUGAUGGCACUGAAGCAGACUUGGAUGUAAAUGGCUUUGUUUUCUUUCACUUGCACCAGACAUGCUGCGUUUGUUGUAAAAUACAAACAAGCUACAGUCAAAGAAGUGAGACCCUCUCCCAUCUGCUGCGUAAAGCUAGUGCACGAUUGUGCACGUGAAACAAUCCAAUGCUGUUUAGAUGCGUGCUCUGCUGCGAAGGCUCUUCCCGGUAGCCUUUAGGUGUUUUGCCAAUUUCCUGUCCAUUAAUUUCAAUAGAAGUCAAGCUUGUUAAUGAUAAGUGAGGUAAUGUGUUUUUGCACUUAACACGGUUGGACUCAUAUAUUGCAUCAAUACAGCGAGGUAAAUGCAAUGCACUUGACAACUUCAAAAAUGAUCUAUGUAGUUUUUCAAGGCCUUGUCCUCUUGCUCUCUUGAACGCACAUGCAUAUACAUACAGUGUGAGUAAGUAUUUAUAUGCACGCACAACCUUCAAAGCUGCGAAGUAAUGUACAAAAUCAAUGGUUUUGACGUAAUUGCUGUCCUUGCCAUCUCUUCCUGCUUCCCACCACCUUCCUUAACCCCUUCAUGUCCACCAAGACUCUAAACUGGCCCACAGUGGUGAAGUCCUCUCUGCACGCCAGGUGGGCACCACAUACCUUCUCAAAGAGUCAAGAUCUAGAAGGUCCAUGAGUUGAACACAGUUUCGGCCAAGGCCACCAGACAAGUGCAGCUAGAAGCAGUUUGUUGAACCUGUGAGCUACUUUACAGUGGAACAUGCAUUAUUACAGUAAAAGUCAAAAGUGACUGAGUUCAGUCUUGUUGGAUGUUGCUCAACUGUCUUUAAGCUAACAGUGCUUUUAUUUGUAUGUUCUCAAGUGCUAGUUUCUGUAGAGGUGGUUCAUGUAGCACGGUUCAGUGUCCUGCUACCUAUAGGGCUAGAGAAACCAAACCAGGCUCGACUGUGGUAGACUUAUUGGAUAACGGUUGUCUUGUUUUCUCUCUCUCUCAACUCAGCACAACUCUGCAAAUCACUUACUGUGAGCGUUGUUUGGGAUGUGUUUAUUAUAUAAAGGCAGAAUUUCAGUAUUUCUUUGACAUGUUCUGACUGUAAGUUUUACCUACUGGUUGAAAAUUUGUUUACUGGUUUACACUCAUAGUUUCGGUGGUAGAUUUCUGUCUCUCUGAUGCUUAUGUUGCACAGUUGGUGCCGUUAGUGGUUGAUUGCAGCCAAGCUUCCCUGGUGUUAUUGGCUCGGUCUAUAUUGUCAGUCUGUCUAGUGCAAAGAAAUGUUACCUAUAUACAUGUAACUGAUACAUGAUCACAGCUGGCAAACCUGUACAGAACAUUCUUGGUGUAAACGUUGGUUCUGCAAUGCUCGAGUACUUGAACUAGUUCAGUAACAGCCCAUGGUAGGGGAGUAAUGGGACAGUCUAACAAGAGGAACAGUUGUCUUGAGUUCUUGUUUUGGCACCAUCUUAUAAAGCAUUUGAACAAGGCACAUCUUUAGUCCCGAUUUAGACUAUGACACCACACCCUUACGUCUGUUUGCUUAGUGCUGUUUCUCACAUGCAGAGGAAUGAGGAAAUAAUACAAAAGAUCCAAUAGCGUGCUAGAAUUAAAAUGAAGGGACAGCAUACUCUGCUGCUCGGCUCCAGUAUGAAAUCCCCUCAAGACAAAUUAUCAUUUGUCUGUGACAAGUCAGUGGAGACUGUCGCCUCGUUUUCCUUUUUUUUUGUCUAGAAUGGAUGUGUUCUGUUUUCCAUUGACUUUAUAUUAAAGAACAACUGUUUAAUAGACUAGUGGUUACGAAAAAACAUUUGAUUUCAGAGUUUGAUCUCUCUCCCACGUGACCCUCUGCCAAGUUAAUUUACUGAAAUACAUUUAUACUGAAAUAUCUGAAUGAGUUUUGACCAUUUUUUUGAAAAUCAAGUUAAUGUAUAAUACUUAAAAAGACGUUGGUAUAAAGUACUUCUUUUUAAGCACUUCAUACACAGGUUUUAAAGGCUCCUCUGAUGCUGCCUGCUCUUUAUGGACCUUUCCAGACCUCGGCUCUGCUUAUGGUGCAGCUGUGUGUUACAAUAUUUAAAAAAUGCUCUGCAUGUGUUGCCUUAUCGUUGCUCCCUUCUACCCCAGCCACACUCCAGGCAUUGUUUCCCUCUUCUUGCUUGGCUCCCGUCACACUGAACAUACUAUAAAACAUCCAGAAACCGUGGUAACUUCAAGGAUUACACAGCCACAAACGAUGACUUUAGCAGUUUCUCUUGUCUUCUUCUUUUUUCUUCUUCUUCUGGGCACAGCAUUCUUCUUGUCUUUGUUCAGCAAUGAUGAGGAAGAUGUUGCAUCCUCUUCUGUUACGUACUGGUAGGUUCUAGGUGUCAAUACUGUUUUAAUACUGUCAUAAGUUACACAUGAAAGUAUUUAUUCCAAAGUGAGACAUCCAUCACAUGAAGAAAAAUUUGUUGCUAUUAAGAAAUGCUUGAUGUCACACAUAACUUGAGGGGUGGUAAAGUAAUUAACUUAAAUCCCAUAAUCGACCAAAUCAAAAUGGUCUGUAUCUACAAAAGCAUGAUGAACUGUUUUCUUCUCCAAAUGGAUAUAUCAUAAUUUGGAAUAGAUUUUUUAACUACUGUAUCUUUAAUAUCUUUAAGUGGUGGAUAGAAGUGACUCUUGCAGUUGGUAGAUGUGUAAGGUUUUAGGCUGCUAGCUGACGUUUCCAACAGUUGAUAGUAACGUUUGCUUUUUUGUUUUCUUUCUCAUAAGGGGUAGCACAAAGUAGUGGCCUAUCUUACAACCAAAUAGGGCUCUUCAUUGUAUUAUUUUAUGCUAUUUUUAUGCUAUUUUUCUUGUUUGAAUUGUGCUUGAUUUAUUUGGCACUAAUUGGGGAAAAAUAGAAGGAUCCUCGAUGUAACGUGUGGUUAAAGAUGAUUAAUGAAUUGAAAAUUGUGCUUUUUAAGCCUUUUUUCCCUUUGUACUGUACUUUAAUACUUUUUUUGAAAUAUGCAUAAUGUUAAUGUGAUGUUGUUUAUUUGAAUGCCAUAGUUCAAUAGUCCAACAUGGCUUUGAUGGAAAGGCAAACUCCAAUGGAUUUAAAUGUGUCAAGACUGCAGUUUUGUCUGGUUUUAUGCUAAUAUGAAUUAUGUACAUUGUAUUGUUGGUAAUGAUGAGGAGGUAAUGGAUAAUUAUGAAAUUGUAAUGUAACUGAACUUCUGGAGCAUGUUUUGCAAUACCCUUAUUGUACAGAUGAUGUAUUCAGUGUCAUGUUACCUGUUUUGCUUUUUCUGUGUUUCUUGUACAAGGCUUUUAUUAAAAGCUUCUUAAGACUGA